UCACACUUUUACGCUGCUAGUAAUUAGUACACUGUUAUUGUUUUGAAAAACAUAUUUUCCAGUUAAAUGACAGCGAAUCUAUUGAAUCUAAAUGUGGACACGCUGUUCGAGCAGCACAGCGUGUCCGAGAUCGAUGCGGUGCACAAGAAGAUCCAGUCGGUGGUGGAGAACAAGCGCGAGGAGCUGCGCACCCAUGUCGGGGAACGGUACCGGGACCUCCUGCAGGCCGCGGACACCAUUGCGGCGAUGCAGACUUCGGCGGGCACGCUGAUGGAGCAAGUUCGUCACGUGCAGGCCAACUGCCGCAGCCUCAACGAGCAGCAGCUCCUGGGCUUCCAGUCCACCACAAAUCCGAUUCCCAAAGAGGCGGGACUGCAGCAAAAAAAUGCCGGAAGAAAGCUGCAGACCUACUAUGGGACCAUGGCCCAGAUCAAGCUGCUAACCGCCCUGCCGGAACUGAUCUGGACGCACCUGGACAACGACCGGUUCUACGCCGCCACCGAGCUCUUCAUCUUCAGCCGGCACAUUAGCACGGGCUUGCAGCUGGACGGGCAGAGUGCCCUGAUGCAGAAACUACCGGUGGCCCGCAAGCAGUGGGAGAUCCUGCGUCCCUUCCAUGUGACCAUCAAACAGGCGGUGCUAGCCGCGCUGGAGAGGGAGGAACUGCUUCCUGAAAUGGCCGUGCACUGCCUGCAAAGCCUCCUCCUGCUGGACAAGAGUGAUCUAAGUGCUGUGUUGAAAACCUUCCUCGGUCUGCGAUCCUCCGCUUUUCUUAACUGCCUGCAGAGCAGACCAUCGGAGCCACGUCGCGUGAAGGAACGCAUCCUGGCCAGCUUGAGCGUGCUGAACAGCACAGUGGAGCUGUUGGACAAGUGUCUGCUGGGUGAAAGCCUCCUCUUCACACGCCUGGCAGACUGCGCUUCUUCCACGUGCCCACCCAGUAUCAGCCGGAUGGAAAGCAGUGAGCGACAGCUGUCUCACCUUCUGCCCGAAAUUAUCGCCGGAUUUAGGCCGCAGUUUGAGGUCCGUCAACUAACACCAGAGGAACUCGGCGCAUCACUCCAACAGUGGCUAGAUAAGAUGAACGCUCUGGCUGCGGCUCACCUGCAGCAGGUCUUUGCGCUAGUCAGCAACAUGCAGACCAUCCAGGACAUCAAGUCGGCGGCCAGAGCUAAUGGUCGGCCAGAUUUUGUACGCUUAGAACAGCAGCUGCAUUUAAAGCACAGCCAGUUGGACUUCUACGUCCGAAAGUACGUGCCGCUAAUCAACGCCAGAGUGCGGGAGAUCAUUCGCAGUAGCUGGGCGGCAGCCAUGAAGCAGACCUACGAGCAGGUGCUCUCGCUCAUUGAGGCCGGUCAGCCGCAAUCGCCGCAACAAAUUUGGCGCGAGCAGAGUGACGAUUUGCCUUUAAGCUUGGCGGCGGCUCUCAGCAAUAAACCAAAGCGGCUGGCCAAUCGGACAAAGGGUUAUGAUGGCGCAACCAUGGAUCUGUGCAAACAUUUUGACUCUCACCUUGCCGAUAUUGUUCAGGAGCUGAAUGUGAUGCUACAGGAGCAAACGACGCGGUCGGAGGAUAAAAUUUCGCUAAUUCAGUUUCUGCGCGAAACUGCCGAGGAACAGCUGACGGAGUAUUUAACCAACCUGAGGAGCCUACAGCUUAAAGAGCGCCCUGCUUUGCUUUUGGCAUUGCGCAAUAGCCUUGCCUUGGUGGAACUGUGCCCCAAUUUGAAACUCUGCUUCUGUCAGCCCUCAAGUUGGCGGCAGUGGACUGGCAACACGGCAGGAGUGGGAAUCGAGCACUGGCAGCGCAUGUGCGGGCUGAUUGAGGAGGAGAUGCUAACCUUUUGGUUACUCAUCGUUGACGACGUGCUGGCCGGACACAAUUGCGAGGAGAAGUUGCCGAAGGUCAUUAAUCAUGAAGUGGUUCUGAGCGAUUUCGCGCUCUGGCAGACCUUGACUUUGGAGCAACGUGAUGAGGACCAGGAGCAGAGUGUUCAAUCAACUAUUCGCAUUCCCAGUCAGCCGCGCCUUUCUCUACAGACGUAUCUCCAUCAAUUAAUUCACGCCUUAAACCACGCUGUUCCGCAAACACUGCCGCCCAAAGUAUUGCAAGGGUUCAUCCAGCGACUUUUGGGAACACUGCUUACCCAUUAUGAGGGAUUAGGCAAUGCCGAGUGCACAAAAUCAAGCCAAAACAUUGCCCUGCAGUUGUACUUUGACCUAAAGUUCCUGGAGCGCGUCUUCGUCAUCUCCCGCGAGGAACGGGUUCUGUACGAUCAGAUCCACUCCCAGCAGAACAAGCUACGCGACUGCAUUGAUCCGUUUGACUUUGAGCUAUUUGCCGAACACAUCACCGCGCAUGUGACUAGAGCUUCAAGCCGUCUUCAGGGCGAACUGGGAGUGCUUACUCCGACGACUGUGUCACCAAGUCAAGGCCCAACGGCAGCCAGUACUUUGGCCCAUGAAGCCGAUCCAAAUGUGCUGUGCCUCAGCUCAUCCGGAUCCACGUCGCUAUGGUUCCCCCUGCUGCCCAUUGUGAUGCCCCAAGCUGGCGGAAGAGUUGCUGGCGUUGAAAGAAAAUCCCUAGCCCAAGAGCCUGCGGAGAAAAUGACGACAACGACACCGACGAGGAAGUCGGGAGGCAAUGGAGCCCGCAAGGGAGAUAGUAGCAAAUCCAAAUCGAGCGCAGCUUCCUUCUUCGGGAUGUCCCAGGAGUGGUUUCGCUAGAGGAGACAGAUCAAGUGGGCUGUGAAGUGCAACCGAGUGGAAUGCGGAAUACGGAAUACGGAACUGAACACGGAACCCUCUAUGCACUGUUCCAUUGUUAAGCUGAGCAUUCGAAAUGUUUAACCUUUAUCCAAAUAGAUUUGUAAAAUGGGCGGGCACCGCCAAAUAAUUGUAAGAGAGUCACAUACAUUAUAGAUACAUAUUCCCUGA